AUGACUAUUGAUAGAAUAAAUGAUACAACUCAACAAAGUAUGUAUAAUUUGAAGCUAAUUUAUAGAGCAAUAUGGAGUGUUACUAACGAAUGUGUAGAAUCCAAAGAAUUUAAAAUAAUAAUACCAGAUUUAUUCAAAGUUUUUAAACAAACAAAUGAAAAUAUACUACAGCAAAAUGUAUUACCGACAAACUUUUAUGAAACAAAUUCUCAAGAAAUUCUAAAUUCAUUAAACAAUAGAAAAGAUAAAGAUUUCACAAGUAUUCAAAAACAAUUUGAAGAAAAUAAAUAUGAAACAUCUCCAUACAAAUUAUUUCAUGACAUUAAAGUAGUUUCAUCAAUAUUGAUAAACCAAGAAAAUGUAGGAUCGGAACAAUAUAAAGAAAUUGAUUUUUUUUACAAAUUUUCAACUGAAUUGUUAUUAAGGGAAGUGGGGAAUAUAAUAGAAUCUAAGUCAUCAACAACGAUAAAUAAUGAUCUUGAAAAUCAGUUAGACGAAGAAUUCAAUCAGAUUUUAACUUCAUAUACAUUGAGUAAUGGUGAAAUUAUAACUUAUAUAUCUAAAACAGAGGAAGUUGAUCAACAAAUUCAAUCAAAUAUAUAUAAUCCACAUCAUUCACCACCACAACUUAAGCAAAAAAUUCAACCAUUAUUUUCAUCAAUUAUUGGAAAAUCAAGUUUAGAUACAAAACCAACUUUAAUAAAAGAGCCUUAUUCAAUAGCUAAAGUCAUACCUACUAUUAAAGAUACAAAUUCGAAUACAUUACUUGAAACUGUAUCUCCACAAAGUCAAAUGAUAUUUACAACUUUAAAUGAACCACCUCAAAUAUUAAAUGGUUAUUUUCAUCCAACCUGGUAUACAGUAGCAAUGCCAACAUGGUUAACUCAUAAAGCAUUACAAUUAAAAUCGAAAAAUUCUGAUUUCAACAAUAAUCUACCUCAAUUAAGCAUCUUAAAUCAACCUCAACAAGAUCAAUUAAAUACAAACACUUCAUCGAAAUCACCAUUUGUCUGGGGAUCAGGAGAAAAUUAUAGAUCAUUUGUACCUUAUGUUGAUAGCACUAAUACUGCUGUUACUGAUAGAUUAAGAGGUAAUAUAUGGUUAAAUCAUAUAGGAAUUGGAAUAAUUGAUCAAUUAAAGAAAAAAUAUAUAAAUAAUCAACCACAUUCAACUGCUCCAAUUCAAAUUUCAGAAGUUAAAGAUGUUGAAAUGAAAGAUGUUGAUGAGUCCAUAGCAGAAAUUAAAGAUACUGAAACAAAAGCAGAUGAAGUUACAGCAAAAACAAAUGAAGUUGAAUUAAAUGAAAUUGAUUUAUCAAGUUUACAAAAAUGGAAUCCAUCAGAAAUAAAAAAUUUAAAAUAUUUAAAAGAACAUGAAAAAGAUAUAAAAUCACCAACAAAAUUACAAAAAUUAAUAUCUGAAAAUUUAAUAAAAUUAAAUGAAUUACGUCAAGAUAGAUAUUAUAAAAGUGACCCAAGGAAUCCUUUAACACCAAAUGAAGAAGAAAAACAAAUUUUUAAUAGAGCUCAACGUUUAAUAAUAUUAGCAAUCAAAUUACAUAAUGUUCAUCCAAGUGAUUUGAAUUAUAAAGUAAAUAAUAAUUUCCCAGUUUUAGUUAGUGAAUACACUGGUACUUUACCUGGUGUACCUAACAAUCGAGUUUUAAAUGGAUCACAAAUCUCAAAUAAUUUACCAAAAUCAAAUAGAUUACAAGGUUUGAAAACUCCAAGUACUAGAGGAGGUAAAAAAAUAAGAUUUUAA